GCUCCAUUCACGUAAAAGAGCCGGCUCAUUUGGCUCCAAGACGGCGUGGACCAGAUUGACGCGCUCUCCCCAUUAUGUAUUGUUUUUGCAGUGAGGAUUCACUCUCUUUAGAUAAUUAUUUUGUAACUUAUCCGCAGAAAAACGUUGUUUUGAGGUCAAAAAGCAGUAUGCAAAUCAGGGAGCCAAAUGUACGGCUCUUUCACCGAUUCCAUUAUGCUCCCGACGUUCACCAGAAAGAUACAUUCAAAAAGAGCCGUUUGUUCGCGAAUGACAGAUCACUAGGACCGACGUAGCCCUGUCUGUUUUGGUUGAGUCACCAGAUCUGACCAUGCCUUACUGACAGACUAGAGGCAGAAAACAAACGUGAAUCACACAAAAAUAACAGAUCGUUUAUGCGACAACCUAAGGAAUAAGUCGAGUAUUUUGUGCUUACAAGUAUUAAGAUCUUACAUCGGUUUGGCGGUGUAGCUAGCUAACACCAAUCGUCGAAAAUGAUGAAGGAAGAAGAAAUUGAUAGGUUCCAAGUACCCCCAGUUACGGAGACGCAGCCCUUGGACCCAGCAGCAUCCUCCACCUCCGAGGCCGACUCCGAUACUAGAGAAGGGGAAACGGUGGCCAUGAACUACAAGCCCUCCCCACUGCAAGUGAAAAUAGAGAAACAGAGAGAGCUGGCCAGGAAGGUAUCAGUGAAAAAUGGCACCGUGGGUAGCCCCGUCAACCAGCAACCCAAGAAGAACAAUGUCAUGGCCAGAACACGGUUGGUGGUGCCAAACAAAGGCUACUCCUCUUUAGACCAGACCAGCCCAGAUGAGAAGCCCCUGGUAGCGCUGGAUACAGACAGUGAUGAUGACUUUGACAUGUCCAGAUACUCUUCGUCUGGAUACUCCUCAGCCGAGGUGAGAUGUCUGAGGGACCAGCAGAUCAACCAGGACCUCAACAUCCAGCUUCUGAAGGACGGUUACCGGCUAGACGAGAUCCCUGACGACGAGGAUCUGGAUCUGAUCCCUCCCAAAUCAGUCAACCCCACCUGCAUGUGCUGCCAAGCCACCUCCUCCUCAGCCUGCCACAUCCAGUAGCCCCUCCCAUGACAGAUGCUCCCGACCCUGCCACCAGGGCAGCAACAAGGAAGAGGAGAAGUUUAAAUGAUUGUGGGGACGGGACAGAAGAAUAGGUGUAUUGGAGUUAGUGUGGAUUUGAAAAGGGUGAAAAUGCAGAACAAAUUUACUGAGAGUAACUGGUUCCUCCUAUGGUAGGACAUGUGCAUACGUUUGUCUGUUACGUUAUAGGGUCUUUAUGUCUGAGUAGUAUUCAGAAGCAGCUCUCCCUUGUCUCAUCUUGGAAUAUUACAUGGAUGGCAAUGGAAAGGUCUCAAAUGCUGACCUUGUGUGAGAUGGCAAUGUUUCGAAGAUGGUCACUUGAGGAUUAUGUCGUCUUAAACUUUUUUUUGACCUCCUGAACGUCUUUGUUGCUGUUACUGUAUGGAGGGAUCAACAGGGAAUGUACUGUGAGCGUGGAAAAAGGACAAACAUUUGAUUGAAGAGCUGUCUGAGUGUGUCUAAUAUCAAAUCUUUUAGAAUAUUUAAGGAGAUACAGCAACGAACACAGAGGAAUCCCGAAUAUUUAUUUUAUGUUCCCAAAGCAGGCAUCUCACAAGUUAAAAUGCAAAGUGAGUUUUGAGUUGAGUGGAUUUGCAGCAGUCUGACUUCUCGCUCCUCUUAUCUUUUCUGAUCAUAUUUUCUCUCUUCCUGUUGUCUUGAUACGUGUUUCACAUGAUGAUAUUUGAAUUCUCAUACAAAGACAUCAGAAUAACUAUUCCUGUUUAAAACUUUGAUAUAUGACUUGAGAACAGCUUUGCAUGUUGCUCACUGUGCCACUUAGAUAAACACCCUUACCAAUACAGUAACUGGGGAGGGGGGGGGGUUAGGCUCUCAAUUUAACCCACUGCAUCCUUAGCCUGGUCCCAGAUCUGUCUGGUGCUCUCUUGACAAACUGAAGUAUGGUCAAGGUAAAACGGCACAAACAGAUCUGGGACCAGUCUACUGCGACUUCACCCUAGCGCCAAUUAGAUCUGGUCAUUUUCUUGUGCAGUACUUAACUUAGAGAAAAGAUAUGGGAUUCAAAGGUCACAAAGCCUGGUUCCAGAUCUGUUUGUGCUGUCUUGCACAUUGUUUGGCAUGACGAUGACCAUAGGAGCUGGCAAGAUGGUACAAACUGAUCUGGGACCAGGCUAGGUCCGAUACUGUAUGGUGAAGCCAAUGUGUAUUUAGUGCCAUUCUACUACUGUCCACAUGAAAAUGAUAACUUAUUUUAGUGGAUAUUUCUGUAACACUAAAUGGUUUGUUACCCCUCAAUAUAAUUGUAUAUCGGGUCAUCCUGCUUAUACGUAUACCCAUUGUUGAUUUCACUAUGCUGUCUUCACUUGUCUAUUGUACUUCUAAUCUUUUUAUUUUGUCGUGUAAAUUGCUUUGAACUGUUGUAUGAAAGCACAUUUUCCAAUAUGCUCAAUAGGAUUAAUGUGCUAACAACCACGUGCUAACCAUUACUGUACCUGCCAUACUAUAAUACCAUUUCCUAGUCCUGGCACCCAGUGGUUGUGGGUACUGUAGUUUAACUGUGCCAAAAGGCCAUUUUAAAAAAACAAUGUAUUUGUAUAAUAGUGUCCAACAAAAAAAAACAACACUGGGCAUAACAGCCAUAAUUUAACAUGAGAUGGUGUUAAAAUAUUGUAUGAAUAUACCAGUUGAAAUGGAGAACGUGUCCUUCUGAAUUCCUGAGCAGGGAUAUUACCAGUACACUAAUGAUAGUGGUUGGGCAAAAUGUCCGCCUGUACACACAGCAGCCCAUGUCCUCCUAUAGUGCUUCCAGAAGUAGGCUGUAGCGCCACAUUGUGCUUCUCUCACUGCCACUGACACAGUCUGUGCAAUCACACAGGCACAGUACACAUGGUACACACACACAGAAUGCACUAUGGAACGCUUCAAAUUGGAAAUUGCUCCUCAUGUCUAAUGAUCCAAGACUGUGUAUAAGCGCACUAUAUGUAAAGUAAGGGAUGGAUGAGGUAAAUAUGUUAUUUACUGUAUUUCUUUGGGUGCUUGGUUAUCCAGUGCAUUCCACUGUAGUGCAAUGAAUGAUAUGAGGGAUUGACUUCAGUUUGAAUACACACAAAUCAAGCACAAACGGGUCAAUCCAAAAUAAUGAAAAUACCUGCUGUUUCAGGAUGGUGCGAAACAGGGAACACUGUGUUCAGUAGGCAAGAAGUGGGAAAAUGCUUUGUCUAUAUUCAAGGAUGCAUCAUCCAAAUAGCAAUGGAAAUGUAUCCCUGCUUUGUCUGAGCGCUAAAGCAUUAGCUUCCCCUGUCAUUGUGAUCACAAGUUUACACUCUCUGAUCACACUCACACUCACCCCAGAGUUGUCUAAAGUAGAGUAUGCCUUAAGUAAUGCAUUGUAUUGGAAGAUAUUUAUUGCCUGUUUAUUUGUUUUAAUUUAUUUGGGGGGGGUGUCCUACAUUUUAACAUAGACCGAGGGCAGCACUUACAGCUAUGAAACUGCACUGAAAUUCUACAGUACUCAUAAUAUUGUGAGUUUAGUGCCAUUUUGCGGAUGUUAAAUAUUGCCCAUAGGCUUUUUUGGGGGGGUAUCAUUCAGACACUCAUUGUGAUUUUUAAUGAAGAUGUGAACAAUUAAAGUUUCUGUAUGUAACAAUGUUAUUGUUCUGUGUAGUGUAUCAUGUCUACAAAUAAAUAUCAACGGUCUGAAUUAAAA